AUGUGUCAGCCUAUGUCCAUAUAGCGUUUAAAGCAUGAAUACUUGAACGGAAUAACUUCAUGGUUUGGACACUGGUUCCGAAUAUCAUGCCGCCAGCGACAUUGGAUGUCGUAGGAUGUUGGCAAAACGUCGCCACGAUACGUGACACGGCGGAAUUGUGUCGGUGAAAGAGUGGGACUAUGGAUACGUCAUGGGCAAUACCAAGUCAUAGCAAAAAAUAUGCCGAAACGGGAAUUAAAACAACACACUGCUGACACGGAGGGAAAAAAACCUAAAAAGGCAAAAGUUCAGGUGAACAAACCAAAGAACUACGCAAAGCUUAUUGAUGAUGCAACAAAUUUUGAGACAACUGAUCUCAAAUUUACUGAAGAAAUUCCAUCUAAAAACAAAAAUGGUCAGUUAGAGUUCCCAGAUUGGCCGGAAUUCCGACCUAACUUGACUCCAAAAGAAGUUUUACAGGCUGGGAGUUUUGGAGGAACAUACUUCCGCUCGAUCAGAUCAGGCGCAACAGGUAAAAGCUACUCGGGUACAGAAGUCUACAAAGAACUACCUUGUGAUUGGUUUGAGGGACUGAACAUUGCCAAGCAGGUGACUAGUGCUUCAUACCGCACAGAGGUCAACACCUAUAAGGUCAAAUGUGGAGGAAGUCUUGACAUGUGGGAAGAGAGUGGAUGGAUACACAAACAAGAUCCCUAUGGCUGGUUCCAGUGGUAUUGUAGGUUUUACCAAGGCAGACGGACAUCUGACGAUGAACGACAGGUUGGGCGCUGGCUACGGUGUGCCGGUGUUACUGGGAGGUGGAGAAACAAUCUAAUCUCAAAGUGUGUUAAGACGGGAUGUAGCUACGACAACAAGGCGGUCUCACCAGUCGUUAGACAGACGCUCCAGCACUGGGCCUACAAACUCAACAGUGAUGAUUUUAAUGCAUAUGUCAAGAAAAAGGGAAUUAAAUAGGGGAGGGGGGAAACUGGGACAAAAAGAAGAAAUAAUGAGAAUUUUUGUUUGAGUAAAGCUGACUUGCCCAUCACUAGUAAAAUCAUAGGAAUUCAGAUAUAGCAAUAUGUGCUUUAUAUAAUGUUUAUAUUUUUAUAACUAUGAUUCACUUCUGCUGAGGAAAAUGAAUUUGGGAAAUAUUCCCAAUAUUUAGAAAUUCCGAAAAAGAGUGUGUAAAAAUCAUGUGUAAAGAAAAUCAGAUGUACUCAAAAUGCAGCUCAAAAAUUGUGAUUUUCAUCCUGAAGAAGCCCAGGAGGGCAAAACCGGUAGACGAUUAAUAAUAAAGUCAAGGAAUAAUCACUCUGCAGACUGUUGUGAUUGAUAUUUAUUAUCUGAUUCUCUCUUCUGAUCAAUCACCCGGCAUACCUGGGGAUAUCCAGCUGAGGAGUGGAGGCAUCUACUAUCCACCCAACAAGAACGCACGGCGUUGGCUCUAGUGCCUGAACUCAUGUGUAAAGAAAGAUAUAUUUUUAGGGAUGCAUAGAAAAAGUUCUUAUGAAAGAAGGUGGAAAGUCUGUUUGAAGAAUGUUUUUCAUGGAAAAUUUUUUUUUUAAAGCAUUAAGUUUUAGACAAUUGAAAUGUGUUGAAAAGAUCAUUUUGGGAGUGUGAAAGGAAAAAGAUUGAUUUGAAUCUUGGUUACUGUGAUUUUCUUGUGUGAAAGACAAGACAUCAGCAUUGUGUUGGUCACUUUUAUACAUGUUCCGAUAUGACAUUACAGCUGUGAUGUACAAUGUUUCUUGCUAUGGCUCUGCAGUUAUUUGCAGUUAAAGUUAAAAAUCUUAAGUUUCAUAAUAUUACAAGUCCUGUAAGUUUUUGUUCCCAAGUCAGAAUAGUGUGAAAUGAGGAGAAGCACUGUAGACAGGAAUGGGUCUUUACAGCUGGACUGUUCUCCCCAAAGUCGUUAUCACCUUGCCUCACAACCACUUUUGCCUUAAUUCAUUUUCUCUACUAGAUAUCAUUGACACAUUUUUGUCUCAUGUCCAAUUCCUUAGCUACAAUGUGACCAUAUUUAGUCAUUUUACCUGACCAUCACCUGGUCAUAUGACCAGUUUGAUGACUUAACACAAUGUGGUUAUGUCAUAUAAUAAAUCCCAGAUACAUAAAUUUGAAAGGACAUCAAUGGGACACCAAACAUCUUGUUCCUUUGAAGUAUAGACAAUCUGGUCAAACUUUCUAAUUUCUUCAGUGAAGACAUCAAAUAUUGAUAUAGGAAAUAGGUGAAAGUGUUUAAACAUUCCUUCUCUUUCUCAUUAAUCAUUCCUAGUAUUAACUUAAAACAACCAUUAUUUGACUGAAUUUAUUUCAUGACAUUCAUUGAUAAAAAAAAAAUAUAUAAAAUUCUUCAGUUGAUUUAUGUCACUGCCAGAUGGCAUGGCUGUUGUCUUGCUUUGUUUACAAAAGUUGCUUGUAAAACAACUUGGAAAGUCUAGAAUUGAAGAAAAUGUAACAGCAUUGAGGAAAUCCAAUGUUUGGGUUACAAUCAGAAGUUCUUAUUUUAUUCAUGUCCAUGUUUAAAAAAUAAUUAAAUAAAUAAAUAAACAAGUAAAUAAACCAAAUUCUUUAGCUGGUUGGUAUUACUGUCAGAUUGCAUGUUUAUUGUCUAGCUUUUUGUUUAAAAAAGUUAAUGUAAAAAGACAACUGUGGAAAGUUUGGAAUUAUUGAAAAUGUGACAGCAUUGAGGAAAUCCAAUGUUUGGUUUAAACUCAAUGUUUAUAUUACUUCCUGUCCAUGCAUGAUUGUUUGGUUGAUACAUUUUUAAAGACAAAAAUACAUUUUUUAAUGAUAAAGAGAAAACGUUAAAUAUAUGACAUGCCAUUUGUAAAUUUGUAUAUCUAACUGACAUUGGCUAUUUGUUAAGUUUUGCCAGUGAAAGUUUUCUUGUAAAACAAAUAAUUUGUUACUUGAAACUUUGAAUUCCCGAGUGAAGACAUCAAACUGAUAAAGGUAAUAGGUGAGAGUGUUUGAACAGAACUUCUCCUAAUAUUGAAGUAACUCAUUAAGCAUACCUAGUAUUAAGCUAAUACAACCAUUAUUUGAUUGGAUUUUUUGAUGACUUCCUUGAUUAAAAAAGUUUAUUUUUUGACAUUCAUUGAUUAAAAAAAUAAUUUAAAUUCUUUAGCAGAUUAAUGUCACAGAAUUGAAGAAAAUGUAGCAGCAUUGAGGAAAUCCAAUGUUUGGUUUACAAUCAGAAGUUCUUAUUUUUUUAAUGUCCGUGUUUAAAAAAUAAUUAAAUAAAUAAAUAAACAAGUAAAUAAACCAAAUUCUUUAGCUGGUUGUUAUUACUGUCAGAUUGCAUGUUUAUUGUCUAGCUUUUUGUUUAAAAAACUUAAUGUAAAAAGACAACUGGAAAGUUUGGAAUUAUUAAAAAUGUGACAGCAUUGAGGAAAUCCAAUGCUUGGGUUACAAUCAGAAGUUCUUAUUUUAUUCAUGUCCAUGUUUAAAAAAUAAUUAAAUAAAUGUAUAAACAAGUAAAUAAACAAAAUUCUGUAGCUGGUUGAUAUUACUGUCAGAUUGCGUGUUUAUUGUCUAUUUUUCUUUGUUUAAAAAUACUUUUUGCAAUAAAACAACUGUGGAAAGUUUGGAAUUACAGAAAAUUAGCAGCAUUGUGGAAAUCUGAUGUUUGGGUUACACUCAAAUGUUCUAAUUUCUUCCUGUCCAUAUAUAAUGGUUUGGUUAAUAUAUAUUUAAAGACAAAAAUACAUUUUUUGAUAAUAAAGAGGAAAUGUUAAACAUAUGACAUGCCUUUUGUAAAGUAGUAUUUCUAACUGACAUUAGCUAUUUGUUGGGUUUUGCCAGUGAAAGUUGUCUUGUAAAACAAAAUAAUUUGUUCCAUUUGAAACUUUUUAAAUUCCUGAGUGAAGACAUCAAACCGUGAUAUAGGUAAUAGGUGAGAGUGUUUGAACAGACCUUCUCCUAAUAACUAAAUAAUUUGUACAUGUAUGGUUUCUCAUUAAUCAUACCUAGUAUUAACCUUACAAGAUCAUUAUGUUAUUGAAUUUAUUUUAUUACAUGACGCAUCUGUUCAUUGAUAAUAAAAAAUAAU